AUGUACGUUAAUAUCACUAACAAUUGCAACCUGUUCACCAAAUUCGUGUAUGGCACUUUUGACUUUCGUGGUAAACCUCGAAAUAAUUUUUGUUUCAACUCUAAACAAUCAACUGGAUGCCGAUCCAACGAAUGCAGCAAGGGGUGGAAAGGAGAACUAUGCGAUAUUCGAGGAACACACGUGAUGUAUCUUGGAUGUUACUGGAGUGUUGUCAUUGAGAAGACCACACUUGUUCAAUCCUAUGCAGAUUGCAAGAGCUUCUGUUUGUCCGUGGAGAACAUUUUCAUGAUUGGCUUGCAAAGGGGUGAGGCAUGCCACUGCCUGAGUAGUGCAAAAUAUCCAGUCAGUUCAUCUCAUUGUAAUAUGAAAUGUUCCAAUGAUUACGAUUCGUGCGGCGGCCUCGAGUUCUUCUCUGUUUAUCAAAUUAAAGAAAAAUUGGAUUUCAGCAAAUCUUUAGUGAGUUUAGAUAAAUUCAACGUCAGUAGUCACUUUAACUUAUCAGUAUCUUCAUGGACAAUCGAGAAGUGCAUGUUAACUUGCUUUGAAAAAUAUUUCCGCUAUUCUACAUUAAAGACUACAAUGACUUGCAAAGAUGGGUGCCAACCAGGUUGGAUGAAUAAAUCAUGUGACGAGAGAGGUCUUCCAAACACAGUGAACUUGGCAUUUGGUAGGAAGGUUAUAGCAGAAACUUUAAAUGUGAGUCAUUUUCAGGAAUCCAUCUUAGGUAAAUCAGGUCUAGAUUCACAACAACUUGCCUGGCAAUAUGCAGUAGAUGGAUUGAUGGUGGAGUGGAACGUUGUUAGUUUGCUCUAUGCGAACAGUGACAAUUUGUCUUUCGUUGGUUGGAUGGCUGUUGAUCUGGAAGAUGAAUAUCAGAUAGAAACUAUCGUUAUUUAUCCUAGGGAGUGUGACCAUCGAUGCAAAAGUGCAAUUGUUGUGACUCUCAACUCGUCCGACUCGAAAUCAGCUGUUUGUGGAAAAUAUCCAGAAAAUAUAUCAAAUUGUAAUAAGAACGAUAUAAUCAACAUCACUUGCAAGGACAUGGGGCAUAAAACUAGAUACGUUAUUAUCACAAAAGAUGUUGACGUCGAUAAAAACAAUGCAAAUAAAGGCGAAGGUGAAUUUGUUUUCAACGAAGUCGAAGUCUACGGAGCUGUCAGAAAACCUAAUCCAUUUGUCUAUGUCGGCUGUUUUCAAGAAUUUUCCUAUUUCAACUCAUCCGAAGAUCCCAAGCACAGUAACGAUGCUGAUUGUUACAAAUUUUGUGAGGGAUCCAAUGUAGAAAAUUCAAUUUUUUCUAUUUACAAACAAGCUUGUUACUGUGGCACAGAUGCUAAUAUUCAAAUAGAUAUGUCCAUUUCCUGCGAAGAAUAUACCGUCUUUUCAACUCGAUUGAACAAGCCAAGUUACUUGGGUUGUUUCCAUGAGGACACAAUCUUAUCGAGAGCACAGUCAAGAAAAGAGGUUGAUACACCAUUCAAAUCAUGCAUGCUAUAUUGCAAUGCCUACCAAUUUGAAGAAUUCGCAAUCAUGGAUAUUGGCGACCAUUGGCCUCCACAAAACCCGAUCUUUAACACUGUAGUAGUUGAAAUGUAUGGUAUUCAACAAGUAACGCAAGGACUUCACAAAUGUAAUUUGCUGUCGUCUGCGAUCUCUUCCCCCGACAAUCUUUCCAGUAGAAAACCCUAA